GGUUUGCAGCGCUCUCGUCCUUCCAGGUCAUACCCAACCCGUUGAAUUCCUCCUCAGAUGCUUGCUCGGCGCACCCUUGGUCGUCUUGCGGCCCAGCCUCCUGUGCUGGGCGCCGCCCCUGCUGGUGCCAGGAAUAUGGCUACCCUUCGUGAGAUCGAGUUGCGUCUCAAAUCCGUGAGGAACAUCGAGAAAAUCACGAAGUCCAUGAAAAUGAUUGCCUCGACAAAGCUGAACAAGGCGCAGCGCGCCAUGGUUGCUGGUAAGCAGUACGGUGUCGCCAACGCUGAGGUGUUCAAAAACGCGCCUCCCGAGGCCCCUGCUAAGCGCAAGCUCGUCAUUGUCGUCUCCUCUGACAAGGGUCUUUGCGGUGGUAUUCACUCUUCCGUCUCCAAAGCCACUCGUCGUCUCUUUGCCGACAAGGAAGCUGGCCUUGAGCCAUCCUCCCCCAUCAUGGUCAUUGGUGACAAGUCCAAGGCUCAACUCUCCCGUGCCCUUCCCAAGAACAUCGUUUUGACCUUUAACCAAAUCGGUCGUGACAUCCCCACCUUCGCUGAUGCCGCUGGUGUUGCCGACUUGAUCCUCAAGUCUGGUGUCGAGUACGAUGGUAUUGCUAUCGUGUACAACAAGUUUCUCUCUGCUAUCUCGUACGAGUCUGCUGUUGUCGAAGUCGAAACCGAGAGCACGCUCAAGGAGUCGCCUGGAUUCAAAGCAUAUGAGAUGGAGGACGAUGUGACCAAGGACCUUGCGGAGUUCGCAUUGGCUAACGCUAUCUACGCCGCUCUUGUUGAGAGCCACGCUUGCGAGCAGAGUGCUCGUCGCAACGCCAUGGACAACGCAUCCAAGAACGCGUCUGACAUGAUCAGCAGGUUGCAAAUGCAGUACAACCGUGGUCGCCAAGCCGCCAUCACAAACGAGCUUGUCGAUAUCAUUACUGGUGCAAGUGCUCUGUAAAAGGGUAUUUGGAUUUAGACAAAUUGUAUAUACUGGUUAGAUCCAGGAAUCAACUUGCCGAAGUCUCUUACCGGUUGUUUUACUGUCAGGCUAAUCUGAACUUACAAAUUGCAUUUCCCGCCUAUCCAACUGCUGAAUUCACUCGUU